AUGGCAGCCACUGCGCCAAGCGCGGACAAGUUCUUGUACCAGGACAGUUCACUGUCCAUAGAGGAGCGAGUGCUAGAUUUGUUGGGUCGGAUGACAAUCCAAGAGAAGGCUGGUCAACUGUUCCACAACAUGAUCUCCAUGGGCCCCGAAGGAAGCCUGGCGGAGGAAAACCAGGACUUUGGUUUGCCAUCGACGACGGACCUAGUCGAAGACAAGUUGAUGUCGCAUUUCAAUCUAAUAGGGCCCAUCCACGAUCCGACCGUGGUAGCUACUUGGCACAACACCUUACAGCAACACGUCUUGGAACAUACAAGACUAGGUAUCCCGAUUACACUAUCCUCCGAUCCGCGCAAUCACUUCGUGGAGAACGUGGGUACUGCGUUCAAUGCUGGUUGCUUGAGCCAGUGGCCGGAGCCCCUCGGCCUGGCGGCAUUGCGUGACAUGGCGCUCAUCGAGAGAUUUGCGGAUUGUGCACGACAGGAAUACAUGGCACUGGGGCUUCGUGUGGCACUCCACCCGCAGAUUGACCUUGCCACCGAGUACAGAUGGGCUAGGAUAAGUGCAACCUUUGGCGAAGACGCUGAGCUGACGGGAGACUGUGUGGAGGCGUAUGUGCGUGGAUUCCAGGGCCCUCCUGGAGAGUUUGGGUCCAAAAGUGUGUCUACCAUGACGAAGCACUUCCCUGGUGGAGGACCGCAAAUGAAUGGAGAAGAUGCGCAUUUCGAGUAUGGCAAGGAGCAGAUAUACCCUGGAGAUCAGUUUGAAUACCACCUCAAGCCUUUUCGGAGAGCAGUGAAAGCAGGUACUCGUCAGAUGAUGCCAUACUACGGACUUCCGAAGGACACCGAGUAUGAAGAAGUUGGUUUUGGCCUCAACAAGCAGAUCAUCACGGGCUUGCUCAAGAAUCAAUUAGGAUUCCAGGGGAUCGUUUGCACAGACUGGGGUUUGAUCACGGAUGCAUCGAUUCUGGGACAAAACAUGCCGGCUCGAGCCUGGGGCUGCGAAGACUUGACUGAGUUGGAAAGAAUCAAAAAGGUUUUGGAUGCCGGGUGCGAUCAAUUUGGGGGCGAGAUGCGCCCUGAGCUGGUCGUCCAGCUGGUGACUGAAGGAAAGAUCUCAGAAGAUCGUCUCGACGAAUCUGUGCGCAAGCUUCUCACGGAGAAAUUCAUGCUGGGACUUUUCGACCAGCCGUUUGUAGACGUCGAAGCUGCAGCAAGUAUUGUGGGAAAACAACAGUUUAUCGACUGGGGUGAAGAUGCGCAGAGGAGGUCAUUUACACUCCUGACCAACAAGGAGAACGUCCUACCGUUGCAGAAGUCGAACAACAAUGGCCCCAAAUUCUACCUUGAGGGCAUUAAAGCAGAAACAGCUCACGCAAGAAACCUGGAUGUGGUGACUGCCCCUGACGAGGCUGACAUCGCGAUCCUCCGGUUACGGUGUCCGUAUGAGCCACGAAGCGGAGGGUUCGAGGCGUUUUUCCAUGCUGGAAGUCUCGAAUAUGCCGAAGAGGUGAGCGCCAGACUAGACUCGAUCUUCGAAGCAGUGCCCAUCGUCAUUGUCGACAUGUAUCUGGACCGGCCAGGAGUUUUGACUCAGAUAGCUGAGCAAGCGAGCGCUCUGCUUGUCGAUUAUGGCAGUAGUAGUGAUGCCUGUUUGGACGUGGUCUUUGGACACACUGCACCAGAGGGCCGAUUGCCCUUCGACCUGCCUCGUUCGAUGUCAGCGGUGGAGAACAGUAGGGAGGAUGUCCCUUUUGACACGGAGGACCCUGUCUUUCGUUUUGGCCAUGGUUUGCAUUAUGACCAACAACAAGUGUAG